AUGGCACUUACAAAUCUUAACGAAGAUUUUAUAACAAAUAUAUUAGAAAAUUUAUCAGAAAAUACUCAUGAUUUAUAUAAUUGUAUACAAUUAAAUCAUAGUUGGUCAAAAAUUGGAGUAUCAAUACUUUGGAGAUAUUACCCAUGGAAAAAUACAUUUUAUUCAAAAAAAUUUUGGAAACCAAUAUCUCAUACAAUACUUUUAUCACUUCCUAUACCUAUUAAAGAAUUAAUAAUAUUUAAAGAUAUAACAAAAUCUUAUAUUAUUAAUAAUCAUCCCAUGUAUAAUUAUAUAUCAUAUUGUCGUAUAUUAUCACAAAAUUUAAUACUUAAAAUAUCCAAUGGGAUAUUAAGUGAAAAUAAUUUUCAUAAUUAUUUUAAUCAAAAUAUUUUAAUUGAAGAAUUAUGGAAAUUAUUUUUAAAUAAUUUACCAAAAAUUGAUUAUUUUAUUUUACCUAAUAAUUUAUCAUUAAUAAAUUUUUUUGAAGAUGAUAAAUAUAUUAAAAAUUUUCAAAAUAUAGUAAAAUUAGAAUGUACAACCAGAAUAUCACAAGAAAUUUUUAAUGAAUUAUCAAAAAUAACUAAUAAUAUAACAGAAUUAAUUAUUUAUAUAUAUUUUAAUUAUCCAAAUUAUGAUAAUAUUGGAUUGGCAAAAUUAAUAUCAUCACAAGAAAAUUUAAAAUGGAUUAAAUUCAUAUCUUAUGAUUAUGAAAAAUGUUCAAAUUUAACAAAUUUAUCAAAUUCAUUAAAUUCUUUAACAAAUACUUUAAUUUCUAUUGAAUUUAAAGAAGAAGAUAUAUCAUCAUUAAUUAUUAAUAAUUCAUUGAUAAAUUUAAAGCAUUUAUCUAUCGAUCUAGGAAAAGAAAAUACUUUUAUUGGUAAAAAUAUGAUUUCAUUAAAUUCUAUUGAAUUACCAUCAUUAGAAGUAUUAGAGAUCACAUUAUUUGAGAUAAAUUUAUUUGAUUCAUUCAUAACACUUUUAAAACAGUCGAAUUCAAAGUUAAAGAAGAUUAAAAUAGAAACAAAUUAUAUAAAAGAUGAUAAUUUUAUAACAAAUUAUAUUAAUACUAUUAUAGAGUAUUGUCCUUUAAUAGAAGACUUGAAUUUAUGGGUGACAAAUAAUGAAUUGAAAGAUAUAGAAUUAUUAUUAUCAUCUUGUAUUAAAUUAAAUCAUCUUUUACUUGAAACGAGAAUAAAUGAGGAUGAAAAUAAUGAAAUUUUAGAAGCCAAACCAUUUUUCGAAUUAUUAUCUACAAGAGGAUUAAAUAAUUUAAAGGAGAUUAAUUUGAUAGGAAAAUGGAAUUUUAAUAAUGAGGAAUUAGAAAAUUUUUUAGUAAAUUAUGAUGAAGAAUACAAAGAAGGAGGAUUAAAAAUAGGAUUUCAUUGUGUGAAUGGUGAUGAUAAAGAAAAGUUUGAAAAUAUUUGUCAAAUAUUCGAAGAAAAAGGUACUCUAAAAAAAUACGAAUUUAAUUAUAGAUGA